AUGUCCCUUGAGGGCAAGGUUAUCGCGCUUACUGGCGCUGCGAGCGGCAUUGGACUAGCGACGGCACAGAUUCUUUCUCGGAAAAGAGCCACAGUCUGCAUCGCUGACGUGAGCCCAAACGCACUACAGAAGGCGGAGGAAGCAUUCUCUGCAUUGAAGGUCCCCUUCUCGGUGACCAAGGUGGACGUGUCGAAAAGAGACGAGGUAGACUCAUGGAUCGACGGUAUCGUCCAGAAAUACGGCAAAAUUGAUGGAGCGGCAAAUUGUGCUGGCAUCAUCGGUAAACACCACGGCCUUCGCGCCGUUGCAGACUUGGAGGAUGACGAAUGGCAUAAGAUCAUGGCAGUCAACCUGACCGGUACGAUGUAUUGUCUACGGGCCGAGCUACGAAAGAUCGUAGACGGGGGUUCUAUAGUCAAUAUCUCCUCUAUUCAGGGUAUUCAAGGGUUCGCAAACCACGGGGCCUAUUCAGCGAGCAAGCAUGCCGUGAUAGGACUAACGAAAAGUGCUGCUAAAGAGAACGGCAAGCGACAAGUCCGUGUCAAUGCUGUGGCCCCAGGGGCUAUCUACACUCCGUUAAUGGAGAAAGCCUGGCAGCUCCAUGAUCGACCAACGGGUGCGCCUUUUGAUGAUGGAGCGGCCUUGGGCAGACAGGGAACAGCGGAGGAGUGCGCCAAUGUGAUCGUCUUCCUUUUGAGUCCCGAGAGCAAGUACGUAAGCGGAAGCGUCUAUUCAGUUGACGGCGCAUGGUGA